UGUAAAGGAUGAAACAUUAAGUUUUCUCCUGCUGAUCGGAUUUUAAAUUUAUUUGUUAUUUGUGUCACUGUAUUUUUAUUGAAUGAAGUAACAAGAUAUUUGUUUGCUUAAUUAAAUAUUAAAUUAAAGCGUUGUGAUUUAAGUGAUAUAAUUUCGCCUUGUGGUUGCUUAAUAUGCGAUGAGUGUUAUGCGUUGAAUUGCAGAGCAAGCUGUUGAUAUGAACGAAACUGAAACAGUAUCUGAGCAAAUAACAGAAAAACGCGCACAUUUGUUUAAACGUUUGGUGCUCGUGUCACAAACUCGUUUCUGUAAAUUGUGUCUAAACUUAGUCUGGAAACAUACUUUAAUGCUGCAAAAUAGGCUUCAGUUCGUGCAGUAAUAUUGAUUAAUAGCUACUCCCAAUCUGCAUAAAAGAGCGAAAGAACUUCAUUACAAGAACCCACAACACAAUUAAUUGCGAUUCGUGGUUAAAGGCGAUGGAGUUUUCCACCACCCGAGCUCUAGUGCUUCUUUUGGGAAUAUUCCUCAUCCAGCGAUGCGUUCUUGCUCGAGUCAAUGUCGCAGUUAAAGUCUUGAACUUCGACAUGCCCCAUGGACCGUCUCACGGUGAUGGAGAGGUUAUAUUGAACCUGAAGUGCUGCGGUACACUGAACGCUGGCUGCAACAAUGCGCACAAUAGCUGUGGCAUUUUCUUCCGUUUUUGCAUCGGAAGUCUGGACAACCAUGGUCGGGUAUGCAGCGGGGUUACUAUGGACACGAGGAGGGACGUGUCACGUGACGUAAUACAAACGUACAUUGAUACAUGGGACACGGGAAACAUGGCUAUAUCGGUGCAAGUAUUCCAAUGUGACGGUACCAGCUCGGUCUGUGGAGUCGAGUCUGACGUUACAGACGAAAUGACUUUGCCCUUGAACUUUGAACCCGACUCUUCGUACUGGAGAUCUAGCGAUCACCAACUGACGUUCAUAAACCGUGUGAGCUUGGACAUUGGUCUGCUGAUGUGGUGUGGGGAAGGCUGGUUUGGCAGGGCGUGUGAGAGGAAGUGCAGUCAACAGGACGAUAAUUUUCACACCUGUCAGCCAGACGGCACUGUCAUCUCUGUGACAGAAUGCACCUAUACAGACACGCAAUUUGUCUCUCUUGAGAAGAGCGUAGCCCAUCUUGGUUCGCUACCUGACAUAUGGAAUGGGCUGUUCUCUUUCAUAGCAGACACCUGUUGCCCUCCGAGAACAAGCCAUGUGAACCUGACAGUAAUAGAUAUCAGGGAACAUGGAAACGUCUCUGACAUCGUGUUUACAGCCUCUUGCAAUGACGUUCCAGUCUCUUGUUUUAAGAUUCAAGAAAUCUUGUACAUAUGGCACACCACAGACUCUCCUGUUCCAUUGAUGUCAUACUAUUUUGGUGCUGAUGUUGUUUUGCCAGAGAUUCAAGAAUUUGCACCAUCUUUUGCAGCUGUGAGUAUUUUUUAUGAUCUGCAGAAAGUAGUCAAUUUUAAGCUUCAUAACUGAUUGUUGAAAGAUUUA